AUGACGGUUGGAGAUGACGCCGAAAAGGCUGGUGUGGACUCGGACAUGCGUAUUCGUUACGCAGAUGAGGAACAGCCUCAAGAGAGUCGACGUCGCUUUCUUCAUAGGAAGUCAUCUGUUGGUUCCUUGUACAUUCGCAGUGCGCGUAGGAUCGUGCCUCCGGAAACCGUCCUUCCAAUUGCAUACCGUACCCUUUCAUACAAUGUUGAAGAGUCCAUCCAAAAGGCAAAUGAGACACCUCUCAAAGGUGCCACGCAAGCUGUCGAUGGUAUCUCGGAGCUAGACUGGCAUUUGAUCCCCAUUGAUAACAUAGUAUCACGCCUGAAUACCUCAGUUUCCCAAGGCCUCUCUGCAGACCAAGCCCGUAAACGUAUACUUGAGCAUGGCAAAAAUGCUCCCACCCGUCCCCAUACUGAAUGGUUUCGCAAAAUCAUGGGGUACUUCUUCGGCGGGUUUGGUAUACUGCUCUUGACCGGAUGCAUCCUUGUCUUUAUCGCCUGGAAGCCCCUGGGAGACCCCCCAGCCCUUGCAAACCUGGCACUGGCCAUUGUUUUGUUGGCAGUCUUCUUCAUCCAGGCCGGUUUUAAUGCCUGGCAGGAUUGGUCAUCCUCAAGGGUCAUGGCCUCCAUUACCACGAUGCUUCCUGAUGACUGCACAGCUAUUAGGGACUCUGCUACUGUUGUAAUGUCUGCUGUUGAGCUUGUGCCCGGGGACAUCAUUAAAAUUAAACAGGGGAAUAAGCUGCCUUGCGAUAUUCGAUUUGUGGAGGUAUCGUCCGAUGCUAAGUUCGAUAGGUCUAUACUCACAGGUGAAUCGGAACCCGUGGAUGGCACAGUCGAGUCUACGGAUAAGAACUUCCUAGAAACUCGCUGUAUUGGCCUCCAAGGAACACACUGCGUCUCAGGUACCGCCACUGGCAUAUGUAUUGCGACUGGAGAUAAGACUGUCUUUGGUCGCAUUGCCAAUCUGACGAGCAAACCGAAUCAUGGGCUCACACCAAUUCAGAAGGAGAUAUUACGCUUUGUCUUGAUUAUCGUUAGCUUUAUCGCCUCAGUCGUCAUUCUGGUUGUGGUUGUCUGGGCUGCAUGGUUGAGAAAAUCCCAUCCAAACUGGAUCAAUGUGCCAUUGCUCAUAGUCAAUUGCGUGAGCGUCGGUAUAGCUUUUGUUCCAGAGGGACUUCCCGUUGCUGUUGCGCUCAGCCUUACAAUUGGAGCGAAAAUCAUGAGAAAGAAUAACAUCCUUUGCAAGUCUCUUGCUACGGUAGAAACACUUGGAUCUGUCUCCGUGAUAUGCUCUGAUAAGACAGGCACUUUGACUAAGAAUGAAAUGUUUGUGACCGACUGCUUUGCUGGCGGGCAUGAAUACAGGGCAGAUGACGUCAAAAAGUUCCUUGGUACCGCGUGCGAAGGCUCUAAUUCUCCUAAUAAUGCCCUGGAGCGCACCCAAGUACUGGGUGCUCUAUGCAACGCAGCUGAAAUAGAUGCGUCUACUCUCAAGCUUCCUGCACAGUCAAUGAAAAUACACGGAGAUCCUACUGACCAAGCCAUUCUGCGAUUCUCCGAGUCUUUGGAGCCUACCAAGGAACUGAAGAUGAAGUGGAAAAAGGUCUUUGAGAUUGCUUUUAGCAGUAAAAACAAGUACAUGAUCCGAAUUAUGGCACCCGUACCAUCAGCAGAUACAGAAAACGCUGAAAAGCACACGGAAAUUGAUGGCUCCAUUGCUGCGUUAUCUGACAUGGACAGAGAGUCUAUCGAAAGAGCAAAAGACAAAUGGUCUCGCGAAGGAAAGAGAGUGAUACUUCUUGCGAGGAGAGACGUCACCCAGGCUAUUGAAGAUAGCCUGAAAAUGGCACAGCCUGAAAAAUCCAUCAUGGAUUAUGCGAGAUCGGAUCUUACUUUUGUUGGAAUGUGGGCAUUGAUUGACCCUCUGGUGACGGGAGAUUUUAAACUCACUGCUCAAGCCAUUGCGGUAGAUUGUGGCAUAAUCAAAUCGUCAAAUACAGUGGUUCAUUCCAUUGACAACCUACGCCGCGAUUUUGAAAUGGAACAACAUGACCAACGUGAACAGCGAUCUCCUCUCGUUAUCAGUGGCCCUGAGCUUAUCACUCUCAAUGACAAGCAGUGGGAUCAACUCUGCACGUAUGAGGAAAUCGUCUUUGCUCGCACUACCCCUGACCAGAAGCUUCGAAUUGUGAAGGAAUUCCAGUCCCGGGAAAAAAUAGUGGCAAUGACAGGCGAUGGUGUGAAUGAUGCACCGGCCCUGAAAGCUGCAGAUGUCGGAGUAGCACUAGGUAGUGGAUCUGACAUAGCCAUUGAAGCCGCCGACAUGGUCCUUUUAGACUCAUUUGCCGCUAUUGUCGAGGCCGUCAAAUAUGGCCGUGUCACUUUCGUGCUGACCUUCUGCAAAGGGCCUGUCCUGGCAAACACUUUCCUCGGUAUCCCUCAGGCCUUGUCGUCGUUUCUCAUGCCGGAGAUGGAUGUCCUCCUUCGGCCUCCUCGCAACCAGAAGACAGACCGAUUAGUCAACGGCCGUUUUAUCCUCCAUGCAUAUGGCUUUAUUGGCGUGUAUGAGUGUCUACUCUCGUUUGUCAUGGCUUUCUGGUAUAUGUCUAGGCGCGGCAUUCCAUUCAGUGCCAUGCUUCUCAAAUUUGGCAAAAUGGACCCCCAAUAUGACCCGGCAUAUGUCACCGAAAUAUCCAACAAAGCAUCUUCGAUCUACUUCGUCAACCUCGUCAUUUUGCAGUUCUUCAAUUUGCUGGCCACCCGAACUAGACGGCUAAGCAUCUUCCAGCAGCCCCCAAUAUUCAACAAGGAAACACAGAAUCCUCUCCUUUUCGCAGCUAUGCUGUUUUCUCUCAUGAUUAUCUUCAUCUUCUGCUACAUUCCUGGAAUUCAGAACACAGUCGCUACGACGACUGUUCCAGUGGAGCACUUCUUCCUUCCUAUCGCAUUUGGACUUGGUCUUCUUCUGCUUGAUGAGACAAGGAAGUAUUUUGUUCGUAAUUAUCCGAAAGGCCUGUUGGCGAAGCUUUCUUGGUAG